CUUGGGAAGAGGACGCUCGAUACUGGAGGUCAGGAGUGAAAUUGCUGGGCAAUUGGUUCAGCGAUGCCUCACACAUCGAGACCUGAAUCGAUUCAACUUGAACAUAUCGACAAGGGGUCACCUAACGGACUUCUACACGCAGAGGUUACAGCUCUGAUGGACGAGAAGCAGUCAAGUAGCUACCAAAAGGGAUGGAAAAGCGUUUCAUUAGGGGACAGUCAGAAUGGUAUGCACAAGAGAACAGUUUACGAACAUAAUAGAGUGGCCAUGUGCUCGCAGAAGAGAGCAUUGUGUGUGGCCACUGUGGUUCUUGCCAUUCUUUUCAUUGUAUCCCUCAUCAUUGCGUAUGCGGGACCCCAGACUGAUUGCCCAUGUGCAGGAGAGAAACCAACCUACCUAGAUGAACAUGGACGAAUAAAUAGGACUAGAAAUAUUAUACCUGUAGCAACAAAUAAUGAAUUAUUCCCUUGGAAUAAUGUGAGGCUUCCAGCAUUUGCUAGACCUUUGAGAUAUCAUAUUAAUAUCCAUCCAAACUUGACAACAUUAGAUGUAAAGGGUCAGGUUACCAUUGACUUCCAAGUUGACAAGGACACUUACUUUAUUGUCCUUAACAGCCAAAACCUCACUAUCACUGAUAAGAUGAUAAUAGCUGAUAAAAAGAACCACCGAUUAAGCAUUGCUAGGUUACUUGAGUAUCCUCCAAGACAACAAUUGUACCUUGAAAUGAAAGAUAAGCUAAGAAAACGUGUAAAUUAUACAUUAGUUAUGAGAUUUACAACGCGGUUGAGUAGAGAAAUGGAGGGCUUUUAUAUAAGCAGUUAUAAAACAAAGGAUGGUGAAACGAGAUAUUUAGCUACAACUCAUUUUGAACCAACUUACGCACGUUCUGCCUUUCCGUGUUUUGAUGAGCCUCAAUUUAAGGCCAGAUUUAAAAUGUCAAUUUUUCGUGAUAGAUUUCACAUUUCCCUUUUCAACAUGCCAAUUAUCAAUACAGAAGAUGCUGGAUUCUAUAUGGGAACAGGACUGCUACGAGAUGAAUUUCAGGAAUCCGUUGAAAUGAGUACCUAUCUCGUGGCUUUUGUUGUUUGUGAUUACCAGCAUAUACGUGCUGAGACUGCGAGAGGUGUAUCUGUGGCAGUUUAUUCACCUCCUGAUCUUCUUAAGCAAGCUCGGUUCGCAUUAGAUACAGCAACUGCAAUGAUGGAUCAUUAUGAAAGAUAUUUUAACGUCAAUUAUCCUCUUCCAAAGCAAGAUUUGAUUGCAAUCCCAGAUUUUGGUGUUGGUGCUAUGGAAAACUGGGGAUUGAUUACUUAUAGAGAAACAUCAAUUCUGUAUGAACCUGAAGAAACAUCUGCUGCUUCUCAUCAGUGGGUGGCUGUUGUGGUUGCUCACGAACUAGCUCACCAGUGGUUUGGGAAUCUUGUGACGAUGCGUUGGUGGAAUGAUCUUUGGUUGAAUGAGGGGUUUGCUUCGUUUCUGGAAUAUCUGGCUGUUGAUAAAGUGAUGCCAGGCUGGAAUAUGAUGGAACAAUUUGUUUUAGACAAGACACAACCUGGUCUCAAUCUGGAUGCUCUCACAAACAGUCAUUCAAUAUCAGUAACUGUUCAGGAUCCAACGGAAAUUGAAGCUAUAUUUGAUACUAUCUCUUAUAGUAAGGGUGCUUCACUGCUCUAUAUGAUGGAAAAGUUCUUGGGACAAGAUACCUUAAAACGUGGACUCAAUGAUUAUCUGAAUACUCACAAAUUUAGUAACGCUGAUACGAAAGAUUUAUGGGCUGUAAUGAGCAAACAUGCCAACCAUUCCAUUCAUGUUAAAAAUAUAAUGGAUACAUGGACAAGGCAAAUGGGUUUUCCCCUAAUAGACAUUAAACGUGAUGGUGGGUCUAUAUCUGCUUCCCAGACUAGGUUUCUACUUAGCCCUGAAGCACGCUCACCAAACUCUACAGUGCACAGUUUGCCGAAGUCACCAUAUGAUUAUAAGUGGUAUGUUCCUUUGACGUACUACACUGACAUAUCAGAUGAAGAAAUGGUCUGGAUGAACUUGACAGAUGUCAAAUUCGAAAUUGACCCAACAGCUUCUUGGUUCAAAGCCAAUGUUAAUCAGUCAGGGUUCUACAGAGUGAAUUAUGAUGCAGAUAUGUGGAAAGCUCUUAUUGACACACUCAAGAAAAACCACACUGCCAUGACACCAACUGAUAGAGCAAGUUUAAUAGAUGAUGCUUUUACAUUGUGCAGGGCAGGAAUCGUGAACAUAACAACAGUGUUGGAGCUCUCUUUGUAUUUGCGGGAGGAAAAGGAACAUGUUCCUUGGGCCACUGCAUUGGAUCAUCUUCAAACUUGGGCUAGAUUUCUGUCUGAGGCGGCUCCAUACAGGCUAUUUUUGGAAUUUAUAAGCCACAUACUGGAACCAGUGGCUACUUCCUUAGGUUGGGAAGAUACUGGAACUCAUAUGGAAAAGCUUAUGAGGUCCAAUAUAUUUGCAUCUGCGGUACUUUCUGGUGUGCAAAGCACUGUAACCGAAGCUACUGAAAAAUUUAGAGAGUGGAUGGAAAAAGGGACAAAAAUACCACCUAACCUAAGAGAAGCUGUUUAUUCUGCAGGUAUAAAAUAUGGCGGCGUGAAAGAAUGGCAAUUCUGUUGGAAUAAAUACAAUACCUCUAGGAUUCCAAGUGAGAAAAAGUUACUUUUAAGGAUAUUAGGUGUUUCAUCAGAUCCAUGGAUAUUACAAAGAUAUCUUUUAGCAACUUUAGAUCGAGAUAGGAUCAGGCCACAAGAUAUUAAGAUUGUCAUGGCAUCAGUUUCUUCCAAUCCAGAAGGGCAACUCUUAGCUUGGAGACAUUUAAAAGCCCAUUGGAAAGAUCUUCAGACCCUUUUUGGAAAUGGCACAUUCACAAUGGGAAGCCUCAUUUCGUCAGUUACUUCUCAUUUCUCAACACAAUAUGACUACGAUGAGGUUUUCGAUUUUUUCCAUCAUAUUGAUGUGGGUUCAGGUUCUAGGUCUCUGGACCAAAGUUUAGAAACAAUAUUACUCAAUAUUCACUGGGUUCAAAAAAAUGAAGAACCUCUUUACAGCUGGUUAAGUAAAUAUUUCAAUAGUUAGUCAAAAGAAAUGUAUAGUUUAGUGGUACAUUGACAUAAAUGGAUGUUAUUUUUGUAAUAAGAAAUUAAUAUAAACGUAACAUUUUUAAGUUAAAUGCUAGGGGCUCGUGCUCAUCUGUUUUACUUUUAUUAACAAUAAUUAGAUUAAUAUAUAUGUAAUCAUAUUUUUUGUUGAUUAAAAUUUAGAUUUUAUCUACCUUACUCAUUGUCAAGUGAUUAUGUAUAAAUUUUGAAAUUCUUUUCAUUAUAUCAUGUUGUGAUAAAAUGAAAAAGUUUGAUUUCUCAAAUUUAAUUAAUGAUCAUUACAUGAAUUUAUUUAAUAAAUUAGUCAAUUCAUUUAUAGUUUCUUCAAAGAGGUAAAUCAAACAGUACUAUAUUUAUAUUCUGUAACAUUAGACAUACAAUGGUGCAAUUAGAUUUAACAUUGGUGCAGAAAAGAAACUUUCUAGUCUGCCAGGUUCCUUAAGUUAAGGUGAGUCAUGAUUUGUCCCGAAUUUGAAGGUUAUUAUCAUAUCAUUUAAUAUUUAAGUCAAUAUCAGCUAUACUUUCUUUAAUAUAAUAAACUUAUUUGUUGUUUUUAGAGUAAUUUAUAAUAAGUAGUCAAUGAUUUAUUUAUCAGACAUUCAAUUUAUCAGAGGCCUCUUUAACGUAUUCUCUUAAAUUAUAAAAAUAUAAAUAUAUUUUUUUAAAUAUUGAUAUUUUCUAGAAUUUAGAAAAAUAAAACAAAAACAGAUUGAUAGAUUUCUAAAGUAAAAUAAAAUAAGAAAAUACUUGCUUAUUUUUAAAAAUACAUUGUUUUUAUUUAAUUUGUCUGCUGUACAAUGUUUAAGUGAAAAUUUCUUUAUCUGAAAUACCAUUAUGAAAGAACCAAAGAUUUCUUAUGUAGUUUCAGAACAAACUGUAUAUCAGAUAUUGAAAAUUACUAACAAGUUGUCUCAAAUUAUUUUUAAUGUGAUAUUUUUAGGUCAUACUAGUAUAUUUGAAAUGAUAUUUUGUAAUAUUAUUGUUGGGUAACUUUAUUGAAACAAGGGAGGAUAGAUAGAUGAGCAUGGGUGCCCUGGAAGAAAAUAAUUAAUGAGUAAAAAUCCCACAUUAACUUUGGCAUGGAAAAAUGCAGGGCCAAUAAAGAAACCAGAAUGAUUUUUAUGAUAUACAUUCAGACUUACUUUUCUAAUCUUCCUUACAAUUUAUGAUGCAUUCUUCCUUUUUUUGUAGAGAUCAUUAUAUAAGUUGAAUAAAAUAAAAUUACCAAGCUCAUAUAUUUUGUUAGGUUGAUAUAUAGUUUUUUCCUUAAAAUACAAUAAUUUUAAUUUUAUUGGCUCAUUAUCAACAGCUAUUUUAUAUAUUUAAAAUGAUUAGAGAUAAAUGUGGAAAAUAUUUUUGUCCAAAAACUCUGGACAUGAAAUUUUUACUUUUUUAACAAUUUUUUUGAAAAUGCAGUACCAUAUAAUAAAAUUUUUUUGUGAUUGCAUAUUUCGUUUUUCUCUUUUAAAAAUAAUAUUAAAGUUUACAAAUUUAGCCUAAGAACUUUGAUAAGUGGCUUUACAUAAUGAAAAAAUAUUUCAUCUUUUGCUGGGUCAGAAAAAAUAUUUAUUUAUAUUAACAUAAAAUAAAUUCAUAGAUUCACAAAUAGUGAAUAUCUGCAUUUUAAAUGAUAGUUUCAUUUAGUCAUAUAUUCAUUAAAGAAUCGAAUGUAAUACUCACAUAUUAUUUGUUGAAAAAUGGAAAAAAAAAUUCUUAACGAAUAUGACCAAUGAAGAAAAAUUAUGAUGAAGUUGCAAAUAUAAAUUAAUUCAUAAAGUUGACAAAAUCAAAAGCUUCAUACAUUAACAUACUUUCCACCAAUCAGUUUUUUGUUUUGAUCAUACCAAUUGGAAUAAACUCUAAAAUCUUAAAUAAUAUUUGUCUGUCUCUCUGAAAUUAUGUUUUUUUUUUUUCGAACAUGAUUAGGUCAUAAAACUUAAUUUAAAUAUUUGUUUCCAAAUUCAGUUAUUUUAUUAAUUUUUAGCUGUGUAUAAGUAAUGAGUAUAUUUUUUACAGCCUGUUGUUAAAUCCAGUUUUUUUUUUAAUUCAUUUAGAUUUGAUUUAUUGAGUAUUACAACUCUUGGAAGUCUCUUGGAAAUUGGUUAUAGUGAGGUAGGAUAACAUUCACAGCUAAAAUUAUUAAAGUUGACAUGUAAAGGAUACUAGAAAAUCUUGAUAUAAUUAUGAUUGGUUGAUUCUGAAACAGCUCCAGAUGGCUUCUCUUAGUCAACUGAUUUUUUUUUAGCAUAAAAGUUCAAAUUUUAUGACGGUAGUUUAAGCGAUAAAGAGCUUUCUAUAGAAAGCUCUUUAUCUAGGCAUUAGUCUAUUACACUAUUUUUUAAUCUUUCACCCAACAACCUAUUUUUCUAUUUCAAUUUAUAGAACUUCUUAGAUAUUUAUUUUCUUUCCUUUUCAAUGAGGUUAUAAUGAUUCUUUUUGAAAUUUUAUUUGUGAGAUAAAAUAAUUAUUAUUGAAUUUUACUAAGGUAGGUACAAAUUUCUAUUACUAAUAUCUAUUAAUUUAUUAAUAGCAUACAUAUGUGGCUUGGCAAUUGGGAAAACAGAGAUUUGGGACUAAUUUAAUUCCCAACAUAUUUAAUCACUAACUGAAAAAAAACAUGAAAUAUUUACUGAGUGAAAGUUUUGGACAAUAAUCAUUUUAUUAACAUUGACUUGGCUAAAUAGUUCUAUUGUCUUGUAAAUAAAAAAUAUAUGAAAUAUGUAAAUUAAUUUUUUGGUUUUAUACAUUACUCAAGUAUUUUGAAUCCAAGUUGAUAAUGAUCCAAUAAUGUGAAAAUAGUUAUUAAUUAAUCAAUAAUGAAUGAAAUCUUUAAUAUUGUAAGUUCAAAUCGUCAUUAUUUUGCUAACUCCUUUAUUUCAAGUAGUAAUUUUAGUUUUCACAAUGUCAUGUUUGAUUGAAAAUGCGAAGUUCUUGAAGACAUAUAGGGCUCUGAAUCUUAAAUUAUAAAUUUGGGACCAGUAACCAAAUAAAACAGUAUACACAAAGUUAAUUAAAAAAAACUUAUAAUUUUCUCUUGUUCUUAAAAUUCUAAUUUUCGAUUGUUUAGAUGGUAAAGUGCGCUAUCGUUCAUCACUGUCUGUCGUGUCGAGUUGUAUGAAACAGAGGAGUUCUUCCCUUCAAGGAUUCAGAUCUUGACCUCAUUUUGAAGUUUAAUACCUGAUACUUCCUUCUUGAAAUAGGACAUCUGGGAUUAAUUUAUCAGUUUUAACAAGCUAGUAUAGUCCUGGGUGGUUCUAUUGAUUAGAUGACUUUAACAGUAGUCUGUUUGGUCAGAAAUGCACAAAUUUAUUACCAUUUUCUGAAAAAUGGACUUUGAAAAAAAAAAAUGCUGAAGCUCCUGCCAUACAGGAUUUGAUAAAGUAUAUAUAUCAUACAUUAGAAAUGCAAUGGAAUAUGUUUACAUUUUUACCAUGAGUGUGAAGACAAAAAAAAUACAAAAUAAAUAAAAAACAUAUUUAGAAAAAUUAAAUUGAGAUUGAUUACUUAUUAUUUAAUUUUUAUAAGCACAAUCUUUGACAACUUUGUGAAAAAAUAUGUCUUUUUUCGAUGUGUUUAAUCCAAAUUUGGUAAACGGAUAUUAUUUUAUUUAUAAAUUAAUCUAGGUACUUAUUUUUUACUUAUUAAUUGAC